UCCACAAUCCCCAUUAUCCCUCAAAUUCUCUCUCUUUCUUUCUGUUCGAGUUUGUUUCAUCAUUCUGAAAAAAAAAAGUGCUAAAUUUUAGAAGAGUAGAAUCCAGGCAAUCACAAUACCUUAGGUUAAGAGUUCCCACAAAUUCUUUCAAUUACAAAUCACCCGAUCUCCGGUCACCGGUUGCUUCCGAUCAUCGGAUGGUGAUAUCCCCUAGAAAUCACUAUUCAGUUUGUUCAAAUCCAAUUCUUUGUCACGAAAGUUCCUGUCUUUGUCUAUCAUUCCCGUCUAGAUAGAUAUAUAUAUUUAGGGUGUAUGUAUUUUCCGUAAUGUGAAAGAUUUGCUUUUUUUUUUUUUUCUUUUUUCAAUUCAUAUACUAUUAAAUUUAGGCUUAUUGAGGUGGGUUUUGAUUUUUUGUGUUUCCGUGGUUGACUAUUUAUUAUGAUUAUUGAGGAAUUGAAGGGUGGUGGUGAGGUGGAGAGAGGGGAAGAGGAGAAAGCGUGUGUGCCAAUUGUCAAUGAAAGCAGCAGUAGUGAUGUUGUGUGGGAUACGAAGAGGGUUUUGAUUGGAGCAGGGGCGAGGGCUUUAUUUUACCCUACUUUACUUUAUAAUGUUGUUAGAAACAAGAUGCAGGCCGAGUUUCGUUGGUGGGAUAGAGUUGAUCAGUUUAUUUUGUUAGGCGCUGUUCCAUUCCCUACGGAUGUUCCACGCCUAAAGGAGCUUGGUGUUAAUGGAGUGAUCACAUUGAAUGAACCAUAUGAAACCUUGGUCUCAACAUCUCUAUAUCAGGCGCAUGGCAUUGAUCAUUUGGUCAUCCCUACAAGAGACUAUUGCUUUGCUCCAUCCUUGAGUGAUAUUUGUCUAGCAGUGGAUUUCAUUCAUGAGAAUGUGUUGCAAGGAUGGACGACUUAUGUUCAUUGUAAGGCUGGCCGGGGCCGCAGCACCACCAUUGUUAUAUGCUACCUCGUGCAACAUAGGCAUAUGACCCCAGAUGCUGCAUAUGGAUAUGUCAGAUCAAUCAGGCCAAGGGUCCUUCUAGCAUCUGCUCAGUGGCAGGCUGUUCAGGAAUACUAUAAUCUAAUGGUGAAAAGUUGUGCUCGCAUUAACAGAAGUGAUCUUGUCUUGAGAACCCCAAAGAUAGAACCUUCAUCAGAUAUUGUGGCUUUUGAUGAUGGAUCCGUAGUUGUUGUUACAGAAGCAGAUCUUCAUGGGUAUGACACAAGUCGUGGAUCAGAUGCCGUGGGAAGAGAAAUAUGGGCUGAUUUAAGUGUGGUUUAUCGUGUUCGAGUUGCUGGUCAGGCAGCUCUGGCGAGAAUCUCCUGUCUGUGGUUCAGAUGCCAGACUAACCAGAAGAUUUUGGGAAAGCAAUCAAGUACAGAGGACAGUUACUCAAUCAGGGCCAAUCACUUGGGUGGUAUUAGUGUAGACAUCCAUGUGUACUGAGAGGCUACAGAUAUUGCACAUAAGUGGUUUAACAAGCUUUUCCUUCAAAUUUUCAUUUCAGUAUAUAAGUAAUGAAUAAGUUUGAGCAUUGCCCGAACUUGGAUUCCAUAACCCUUUGUAAAUUGAGUUGUCUGUCCUGAGUUAAGGUGUAAGAGAAACGACCAUGAUGGUCCAUCUAAUGAAACUCACAUUUUUAUAAGUUGGCUAUAUUUCAGAGCGUACUGGAUUUGCCAUCAGUUAGGAGUUAGAAAGUGGAUGUUGCAGCUUGAAAACUGGACGUUAGACAACUCAAUGAUGGGCUACUGUUAUGUUUCUUUGUUCGAUAAACGUCAGUUGAGUGGCUAAUCACUUAUUUGAUGAAGUCCAAGUUUCCUUUA